AUGCAGCAGUGCUGGCGCGCACGUACGCUCCUUUUGCUGGCCUCAGUACUCUCCGCGCUCUCAACUUCUCUUCAAUCAUUCGAAAACUCUGGUAUUGUCCGAACGAUUGAUCUGGGAGGCUCCCUGGUACACGUUACGACGACUUACGCUGUCAGAGCACUCGACGACAAAGCCGACACAUACUCCAUUGCUGUAGCUAAGGAAGAACUUGUAAAGACGAGCUGGAUAGAAAUCAAAGUGAAAGGCCAACCGAAGCCUUUAACAGUCUCAUAUGGGGGAGGCUUGGAGAAUGGUGCUCACCUUCUGAACAUUGCCUUACCGAAACCCCUUGCAGCCAACGGAACGGUCAAUAUUGUUGUCGAAACUGUGCAGACACACGCUACACGCCCAUGGCCGGAACGCGCUGCGCAAGAUGAAUCCCAAUCCCUCAAGUACGAGUAUCAGCUCUUUGUUCUGAGCCCGUACAAGACCGUCGUACAGAGGACUAAAUUAAAGUCGACCAACCCCUCAAUCAUAUCAUAUACCACCCCCGAAAACGUCCAGGACUUCACCCUUGAGAAUCCAGUUGCCAAGUCUGGCGCCACUGUGACCUACGGUCCUUACCGUAACAUUCCCGAGUCCUUUACUGUCGACUUCACCUCCAAAUAUCAACAAACGAUUGCAAUCAAUUAUGCUUACGACUUUCCUGUAAUAGAAGUCACGAAGCUUACGAGGGGGGUGGAAAUCAGUCACUGGGCUGCCAAUCUGAAUGUUCAAGAUGAGGUUGUCUUGCACAAUGCUGGGCCAGAACUCAAAGGCCACUUCUCUCGUCUUCAACACCAGACACAAGCGUACUUCAGUCGUGCUGUUGCUCAUGUGCUUUCUUCUUUCACCCUUCAUCUCCCCGCUGGAAUCCGUAACGCCUAUUAUCACGACUUGAUUGGCAACGUUUCCACCUCUCACCUGCGCACAGCUCCUUCACCUCGCAAGUUGGGGUCCCAAGCCACCCAGAGUCAGUAUAGCGUUUUGGAAUUGAAACCUCGUUACCCUUUGAUGGGUGGAUGGAACUACACCUACACGCUGGGUUGGGACUCCCCGCUCGAAGACUCUGCCAAGUACGACGUGACAUCAGGAAGACAUACUGUUGAAGUUCCCGUCAUGACGGAAAUUCCAGGAGCCGUUAUUGAGGAUGCUGAAGUCAAGAUUAUUUUGCCGGAAGGUGCAAUCGAUGUAGAAUAUGCUGUACCUUACCCUGCUGUAUCGAGUGAGGUUACGACUCAUAUUACCUAUCUCGACACUGUUGGUCGCCCUGCCAUUGUCUUCAAGUAUCAGAACCUCACUAACAGACACGUGAAAUCCAUAUAUGUGUCUUACAAGGUACCGCUCUCAGCUCACUUGAGGAAACCGGCGGCCGUCGCGACUGUGUUACUUGGGCUUUUCGGAUUCAGUCUGAUCGUUCGACGCAUCGACUUGACGAUACACAAAAAGAGGGCGUAG